UAGACUUCAUUUUUGAUGUAAAGAAAUUAAUCUUGUGAAGUGUAUAAUUCUGUAUUACAUUGUUCGACUCUUAUUCUAACCUAACAGUGCAUUUUAUCUUUUUAUAUAUUAUUCUUAUUUAUAUGAAAUAUUUACAUUAUAUUAUCGAUCAUUAAAAAAUUAUAUAGCAUUGGAAUGCAUAUAAUAACCCGAUUAUUAAAAAAAUUGUUUUUUAAUUAAUUGAGGGUAAAACAGGAUUAUAGAAUUUGAGUAUUGAAAAGAGUUAGAUAUUAUUAAGAAAAAUUGUAAAACAAGAUUAUAAAACAAAAUUGUGUAAAUCGUCUAGUAUAAAAGUAUCUAAAUCCAACAUGGUUCAUCAUAAUCUUAUAGAAAAGCGAUACGAUAACAUAACUAAAUCACCAAAUGAUAAAAGGGAAUAUAGAGGUCUUUUGCUUUCUAAUAAAAUGAGAGUUUUACUCAUUAGUGAUCCCACAACAGAUAAAAGUGCCGCUGCUUUGAAUGUGAAUAUUGGUUAUUUAAGUGAACCAGAUGAUUUACCAGGCUUAGCACAUUUUUGUGAACAUAUGUUAUUUCUGGGAACAGAAAAAUAUCCAGAAAAAAAUGAUUAUAAUAAAUAUUUAUCACAAAAUGGUGGUACUUAUAAUGCAUCAACUUAUAUGGAUCAUACACUUUAUUAUUUUGAUGUACAUGCAGAAAAAUUAAAAGGUGCAUUAGAUCGUUUUGCACAAUUUUUUAUUGCACCACUCUUUACAGAAGCUUUAACUGAGUUAGAAUUAAAUGCUAUCCAUAUGGAAUGUAAAAAAAAUUUAGCAAAUGAUACAUGGCGCCUUGAUCAAUUAGAUAGAUCAUCAGCUGAUCCAAGUCAUCCUUUCUCAAAAUUUGCUACUGGGAAUAAGGAAACUUUAGAUAUAAUCCCAAAGCAGAAAGGAAUAAAUGUACGGGAAAAAUUACUUGAAUUUCAUAACAAAUUUUAUUCCUCUAACAUUAUGGCAUUAUCUGUAUUUGGUAAAGAGAGUUUAGAUGAACUUGAACAAAUGGUAGUAGAGUUAUUUUCUCAAGUGAAAAAUAAAGAUAUUACAGUACCUACUUGGCCGGAACAUCCUUUUAAUUCAAAGCAACAUUUUCAAAACAGGUGGUAUGUUGUUCCAAUAAAAGACAUUAGAAAUUUGUAUAUUAUAUUUCCUAUACCUGACUUGCGAGAACAUUAUAAAUCAGCGCCUGCACAUUAUAUUUCACAUCUAUUAGGACAUGAAGGGGAAGGAUCACUUUUAUCUUUAUUGAAAGCAAAAGGAUGGUGCAAUUCGCUUGGUUCAGGUAAACGAUUAGGUGCUAGAGGUUUUAGCUUCUUUGCUGUUUUUGUUGAUUUAACAGAAGAAGGCAUUCAACAUGUUGAUGAUAUUGUCCUCUUAACGUUCCAAUAUAUUAACAUGCUAAACAAACAUGGACCAGUUGAGUGGAUUUACAAUGAAUAUAGAGACAUCGCAAAUAUAAAUUUUCGAUUCAAGGAAAAAGGUUAUCCUUGUGAUUAUGUCAGUGGUAUAGCACAAAUAUUAUAUGAUUAUCCAAUGGAAGAAAUCUUAAUAGCGGAACAUCUUUUUCCGUUGUGGAAACCAGAUUUAAUCACAUGGGUAAUGGAAUAUUUGAAACCAGAAAAUGUUAGAAUUCAUGUAGUUGCAAAGUUAUAUGAAGAUAUAGCUGACGAAACUGAAAAAUGGUAUGGUGUUAAAUUUAAAAAAGAAAAGAUACCACAAAAUAUAAUAAGUAAAUGGAUUAAUGCUGGUUUAAAUUCGGAUUUACAAUUGCCACCAAAGAAUGAGUUCAUACCAGAAAAAUUUGAUAUAAAACCAGCAGAAAGUACUAUAUCCAAAUUUCCAGUAAUUAUUGAAGACACUCCACUAAUAAGAUUAUGGUUUAAACAAGAUGAUGAAUUUCUUAUACCCAGAGCUAAUUUAUUUAUCGAUUUCGUCAGUCCACUGGCAUACAUGGAUCCUCUUAGUUGUAAUUUAACAUAUAUAUUUGUAUUAUUAUUUCGUGAUGCUCUAAAUGAAUAUGCAUAUGCCGCCGACAUUGUUGGUCUUAAAUGGGAGCUCACUAAUAGUAAAUAUGGAAUGACACUGGGAAUUGUUGGCUACGAUGAUAAACAACAAGUGUUACUGAAUAAAAUUAUUGAUAAAAUGAUCAAUUUUAAAGUUGAUCCAAAAAGAUUUGAAAUUUGGAAAGAAAAUUAUAUUAGAAGCCUGAAAAAUUAUAAAGCUGAACAGCCAUAUCAGCAUGCAGUUUAUUAUCUUGCUGUUUUAUUAUCAGAGCAAAUUUGGAUGAAGGAUGAAUUACUAAAUGCUACGUCUCAUUUAACAGUUGAAAGAGUACAAAAUUUCAUCCCACAAUUUUUAAACAAAAUACAUAUGGAAUGUUUAAUACAUGGUAACAUAACAAUGUCAGAAGCUAUUGAAACUGCAAAGUCAAUAGAAUCAAAAUUAUCAAAUGCAGUUCCUCAUAUAGUACCACUUCUAUCUAGGCAGUUAAUUUUACAUCGUGAAAUCAAACUAGAAGAUGGUUGUCAAUUUUUAUUUGAAGUAAAAACUAAAUUUCAUAGUAAUUCAUGUACGCAAGUUUAUUAUCAAACUGGUUUACAAUCAACAGAAUCAAAUAUGCUUCUAGAACUUUUAGCACAGAUUUUAUCAGAACCUUGUUUUACUACGUUAAGAACUAAAGAACAAUUGGGAUAUAUAGUGUUUAGUGGAGUUCGAAGAACAAAUGGUGCACAAGGUUUAAGAAUUAUAGUUCAAAGUGACAGACAUCCUAAAUAUGUUGAACAAAGAAUUAACGCGUUUUUAAAUUCUAUGUUGCAAUAUAUACCAUCUAUGACAAAAGAAGAAUUUAAUGCACAUAAAGAAUCACUAGCAAUACGACGACUUGAAAAACCUAAACAAAUGACUACUUUAUCUGCCAUAUUUUGGAGUGAAAUUAUAUCACAACAAUAUAAUUUCGAUAGAGCAAAUAUUGAAGUUGCAUAUUUAAAAACUAUAACACAGGAACAAAUACUAAAGUUUUAUAAAGAAAUAUUUCAAAAUGACAUUCAACGUAAAUUAUCAGUACAUGUACUUUCUACACUAAAAGAUGUAAAAUUAGAAGAUGAAAAUGUAAUGGAAUCUAAUGAAUACAUUUCAUCAGACGGAACAAAUAAUAUUGAACCAAAAAAAAUUGAUGAUAUCAUAUCAUUUAAAAUUAGUCAGUGUUUGUAUCCAUUAUUGAAGCCAUUCAGUGAUAUACCAAGAAAAGGCGCACACUCAUCAAAAUUAUGAAGUGCUUAAUAAUAACUGUGAAUAUGUGUUUUAAUAAUGUCACUGCACCUGCAGAUUGUAGUAAAUAUCAGGUAAAUAAAUGAUUUUAACAUACUCUGUUAUAUAAAAAACAAUGUUUAAAAUAUUAAAUAAUCAUUUAAGAUAUUAAUUUUAUAAAUGCUGAUGGAUAUAAAAGUAAAAGAGUAACUAUAAAAAGUAGAAAGCAGUUGUAGUAAAUGAUAAGUAACUACAUCACAUAUGUAAUAAAGUCUAUAUUCAAAUAUACUCUAUCAAUAGUCCAUAAGCAUUUAAGUGAGUACUUAAUAGAUUAAGAAAUACAAGUAGUUGUUUUAUUAUACCUCAAAAUUUCUGUAUACUCAUAAAAUUUUGUAAAAAUAAAUACGUAACUACUUCGAAGUUGUAACCUCAACUACAGGACCUUAUACCAACUAAUAGAUGAGCUAAA